AUGAGAAGAGCUAGGGAAAAAAUAAAGCAAGAUAGAGACAAGCAUGAAGAAAUUAAACAAAAGGAUAGAGAAAGAUACCGAAAGAAAAAGGAAGAAGGAUUGGUAAUGGGUAUAAAAGAUCUUAGUCGAAGAGACCAAAAAGCGAAAAGGAAGGAAUGGAGGGAAAGAGCCAAGCGUUAUAGACAGAAGGAAAAGAAUAAUCGGCUUCUUAACGAUAUGUUACAAAGAAAUUCUCCACCGCCAACUCCUGAACAAGAGAUUGAAUUGCCCAGUACACCUCCAUCAACUAGCAGAAUUGCUUCCGGAAAAAAAUUGCUAGGAGAAAUAGGGAGAAAUGGAAAAAAGAGAAAAAUGACUUGA